AAGCAAUUAAAAAAAGGCAAUAAUACGAUAUUCUCAGCCGACAACACAAUACAUUAUGAAAUAAAAUCUUGCCAUAUUCACUAAAUUAAAUUGGAGGAUAGAAAAAAGGAAAUAUACCGCACAUUCUCACACCUUUCAUGAAUAACAAUGAUGAUGGAAAAAUAAUCAUCUAUCUUAUUUUGACAAGAAAACUAUUAAAUAUACGGAGAUUAAUAAUAAUAAAUAGAAGUGACGUCAUAAUUUGUCUGUUAAAGAUGAAGAAAAGAAAUUCGAUUUUUUUUGGUUAUUUUCAGAUCAAUCCAACACAUUAACAUAGUCAAUCACAUACUGUUAAUGUGUUUUUCAACAAUUUGAACUUCGUAUUUAUGAAAAGCUGCUUAUUCUUUUAUUCUGGGAUCGGGUCUGAUCACUGAACUUGGACUCACUGAUUACAACGUCUACUUUCGAUCAAUUCACGAUAUUCAGUGACAAUCAUCCAACCAGUGAAUGCCAGCCCAGUGGUUAUACGCUUGAUGAGAGAUGUGAAGGUUCUAGAUUCAAUUCCCACUGAAGAAGCAUUAUUUGAAUAAGAAACAAUUCAAAUCAUUAUGAAAUAAUAAUUCAUCAUAUUUCGUACAUUUACAAUGUCGUUUAAUAAUGAAACUUAUAAUUUAUCAACCUCAUUAUCUAAUGAAACUGAAAAAUUAACCAGAAUAACUAGUGACAAUUGUUCAUUGUUCAGUAAUUACGAAUUCAUUAAAUUAUCAAAUUCUUAUCCAUCUAUUAACUGGAAUAGUAAUAUCAAUAGCCAUGACAUCACAUCUACAAAAUCCAAUUUAUAUACAAAUGAAUUGAAUUCACUAACAGAAUCAAAUAGAUUUCAUUCUAUUAAAUGUAUAAACUAUGACAAAGAAACUUUACCAACUAUGAAUACUGGGAAUCCAUUAGACUAUUCUAUUAAUUCUUUAAUCAAUAAGAAAGAAAAAUCAGUAUCACCAAUAAACAAAUCAUCUUUUUUAACUGAUUCUAAUUCUAAUCAUAAUUUGAUUCAAUAUUCAAAUGAAACUAAUAACAUAUACAACACAUCACCAUCUACUUGUUCAAUUGAAUACACUUCGAAUUCAAUAAAAAAUGAGAUCAAAAGUCCUAAAAUGAAUGAAAAACUUACAUUGAAACGUAGAUAUUCCAAAAAUCUUUCAAAUUCAUCUGCUAAACAUUCUAAGAAGUAUAUGAGAGUAGAUUAUAAUAAUGAUACCGAUCAAAAUAGUUUCAUGAUUGAUCACAGUAACCAAAAUAAUAGCACUAGUCAUUUUUCAACGACUAAACAAUUAUAUGCCGAUAAUUUAGUUAAAGAUACAUCAGCUUUAAAUAGGACUAUUGUUUCUACAAUCGAAUGGAAAACGCAUAAUAAUAAUAAUAAUAAUACAGAUUUUAAAGGGUAUGAUAAAAAUUCCAUGGAUACCAUAAAAUUAAGUAAAACUGUCCAGUCAAAUGACCAAAAUAUUCUAUUUAAUGAUAAUCACAAUGAAAUCAAUGUUAGUAAUGAUAAUGAUAAUAAUGAUACAAAAAUGAAUACAAUCUCCACAGGAGCUUAUAAAUAUUUAACUUGGCGUGAGAAAGAUCGUCGACGAAGAUUUCGUGAAGAAUGGAAACAUUUAUGGCUUGUUAUACCAUAUGGACGUUAUGAGGUUAUGUGCCUUGUAUGUCACAAAAUUAUGACACAAAGAAAAUUAGAUACAAUUAAACGUCAUAAUGUUCGACGACAUGGUGAAUUACAAGGAAUGUCUCAUAUAGAAAGACAAAUCUUAUUUGAUAAACUAUUAAAACAACAUAAUAUACAUAAUGAAACAAUGACAAAUACAUCUGAUAUUUUAUCAAAUAAACUAUCUAGUAAAUCAAAACCUAAAUAUAAAUCUACAACUGAUAGUAAUACAAUUAACUCUGGUAAUGAUUCAAAUGAAAUAGUCAAUGAUUUAAUACACCAUACAAAUAGUUGGUUAACUCAUCCUACUUCUGAAAUAAAUCAAGUACCGAAUCCGAUUAUUAAAAGUUAUUCCUCAUCAAUUAAUUUACCAUUUUCUGAUCAUAUACCAUACAAAAGAAAUAAAAGAUUGUUUAAUAAAAAAGAUAAAAUGUUGUAUACAACUACUGAAUUGGCAGAAAAUACUACUAACAAAAAAAAUAAACGUUUACCAAAAAAAUUACAAAAAAACAAUUCACAUUGUUCUUCACCUAAUUCUACAGAAAACUUAAAUGAUCAUUAUAAUUUAUCUGUCAGUACAAAUCCUCUUGAAAGAUUAUCAUUUAUUGGAUGGAAGAAUUAUACUGAUUCAUUAGAUAUUUCCAAUUUGGGAGAUCAAUUAAAAACAAAAUCUGAUAAAAAAACAUUUGUCUCCAAUGUUACAUCAUCAAUUUCAACAAUAUCUCAUCUAUCAACUAAUUGUUCUUUACCAUCUCUUUCAAAUGCUUCAUCUGUUUUACCAUCUAAUUAUGAUAUAGAAAAAUUGAAACAAUUUAUAAAGCCUUUUAUUGCCUUAAAUUAUAAUCUAUUUUCACAAUCAUUAUUAUCAUCAUCAUCUUCACCACCUACAAAAUUACCAACAUCAUGUUAUACAAUGGAUAGUUCAAAUAAAUUUAUGAUGCCUAGAUUAGGCAAUGAAUUCAAUUGUACUCCUGUAAACGAUGACAUAUUGCAUAAUAAUUUCGUGGAUUCAAUAAAUCAAGGAAAUCAAAAUAUUCGAUUUGAUAUUGCAGAACACAUUGGAGUGAAUGAAUAUAACAAAAUAAUGUCAGAUGAAUCUUCAGAAAGAAUAGUCAAUGAAAAAUUAAAUGACAAGAAUUAUCUAUUAAACAAUAAUAAUAAGAAUAAUAAUACAAGUAAGGAAAUAUCUCCGGUAAACCAGUCUAAUCUAUUAAAUGUUAAUGAAAGUUUAAAACGCUUAAGAUCAUCAUCAUCAUCACAUUCGUCAAAUGAUCCAAAUCCAACUAUCGCUGAACUAUCUUCAUUCAUGAUAGCCUCUUGGAUUGAAUCUAUUGAAAAUUCAUCAAAAAUCAUAAAUUCAAAUUUACCUGAACCUACUUGGAAUAUUCAAUCAAUCAAUGAUUCAAAUCAAUUAAUUAUCACUAAACCAAUAGAAAAAUUCAUUUCAUCAAAAUGUUCAAUAGAUCAAUUUCAAUAUGAUCAUAAUCAUGAAAUCAAUCAACAAAUUAUUCAUUCAACAGAUUUUAAAUUAAAUACAAAAUCUAAUUCAAAUUUAAAUAAAUUUACUAUUUCAUCAUUAUUGAAUACAGAAAUAAUGGAUAAGACAAAAAUUGGAUCAGAAAUUAUAGAAAAUGAUCAUUAUAUUGAUUCAUUACAAAAAUGUAAUCAGAAACAAGAAACUACAAAAAUGAUAUCGAAUCCUCAAUGUCUUUCAUGACAUUAUUGUUGUUGUUGUUUAAUCUGAUCUAUCGGGCUAUGUAUAUAUGUAUGUAUGUGCAAAGAUGUCUUGAUAACCAGUAAUACAUUCAAAACAGAUUGAUACCAUUCAAAAGAAAAUAAUUAAGUUAUAUUAAUGAUACAAAUUAGUGUUAAUCCUAUGGAUUGUUUUAUGCAUAUCAACUAUCUUUGAAACUAUACGACUAUAAUUGGAAUAAAUAAAUUUCAUUUAGGUUAAUAAAUACUACUCACUAUAUUGUCAUUAUUGUAUUGUCGAAAUUUUAAUCGAACUUUCAGAAAUACAAUAAGUCUUUAUUUUAUGUACAUUAUUGAAACAAUUUCCUAAGAAUGUUCAGUCAUAAAAGUAUUUGUAUGCAUAAUAACUAAUGACUGAUAAUUAAAAGAGAAUAUCUAAAAAAUGGACAAAACAAUCAAUCCAUCCAAUAAUAAAUACACUUUAAUUAUCCCACAGAAGAAAAAAAAACGAAACAUCCCUUAGUGAUACCAAAGUACAUACAUGAUCUUUCAAAUGUGAUUAAUAACUAUAAAUAAAAGAGUUAAAUUUUCUAACGAAAAAAGAACAACAAAACAACUGAGAACAAGUUAAUUGAAUAUAAUCAAUACAGAAUCAAAACUCAUUUAAAUCUUUUAUUCAUUUACAAUAUCAAAUCUUGUAAUAUACCAACAAAGAAUAAUUAAACAAAAUAAUAAGUUAUAGAUUCCAUUUGUUUUUCAUUUAUUAUGUUCAAUAUUGUAAACAAUCAUUAAAACUUACUAGUAACAGAUUGUUGAUUCAAUGAUCCAAUGUAAAGAUGAUUUAAGAUUUCUAAUGUAUGUUUCAAAGUAAUUGUGAUCCUAUUCUUUCUAAGAUCAAAACUAUCAAGUAAUCUAAACUUAAUGGUAUUGUUUCGAAAACGUUUCAUUGUUUGUUAUUUUUUCAAAGCAUAUCCUGAUCCACUUUUUGUACAGAAUUUGAAUAUCCUUUAAAAACAAAAAAAAUUCAAAUUAAACUAAUCAAUCAUUGAUUGUUCCUUUUCUUUUUCUCGGUUCCCUUUUUAUUGUUUUUGGAUGUUCUGAUGAAUUACAAUAUAGGAAACGAUCGAUAUUAUGUAAUUAUAUCUUCAUAGAAUUUAUUAUGUUGUUAGGACAUUUCAUUUUUAUAGAUCCUGAAGGUAUUUUCCUUCCUUUUCUUCUUCUUCUUCUUCUUCUUCUUCUUCUUCUUCUUCUUUUU